CAAAUUUUAAUGGGCCAAUCUUGGCAAAUGUUAAUGGAACAAUCUUGGCAAAUUUUAAUGGGCCAAUCUUGGCAAAUGUUAAUGGGCCAAUAAUGGCAGCCAAUAUUAGAAUGGUGUAACGCGCCAGGCCCGACGUAUGAGUGGCCCAUUAAUGGCAGCCCAUUAAUGGCAAAAUUUCGCCAUGCAUCGGCCGUUGCAUGGCCGUGUUGUAGUCUCCUACACGGGAUCAGGCGAUGAAAUUAAUGCUUUUCAACAUGAUGAAAGAUCAGUUGAUAUUUGUGGUUACGUGGACUCAAUUGAUGGCUUGAAACCUGUCCGCACUGUUCAAGGACAUGUUUUCAAGUUUACUUUGAAUAAUAAUGAACAUGUCAGAAUGAAGAUCUUAAUCUGGGGAACAGCUAUGGCGAAAUUAUGGGAAUCCCAAAUUCAAAUGUGGUCAGUUGUUGAGCUUCGUGGAGGUACUGUCAAGACUGGCAAUCCACGUUACCGUGAAGCUGAUGCUCAUGAAUUAGAGUACCAUGUCCAGCCUUCAAGUGACAUACAAAUUUUGGGGACAUUUAGACCUGAUAUCCAACCAAGAAAGAUCCAGUACAGAGCUGUUGAUAUGGCUGACAUUAUGUCUGAACAGGGACCAGUUGAACUUGACUGCUACAUUCGGACACAACCUCGCACAGUCCAGCUCAACCGUGCUUCAUGUGGCCAGUUACAAGUAACAGAUGGCUACUACCGUCUUGCUGUUAAUAUAGCCUCUUACACACCAAAUGAAAAUUUGGUUGUUGGGGCACCAGUUACUAUUUUUAGUGAAGUGCCACGUGAUUCAAGUUUAUUUGCUGUUGCUGACAUGAAUGGCAUCGUAAUAAGGCAACGUGAUGCAAUGAUGUCAUUAGAAGCUGUACGAGCUGGAUUUCAUCCAGUCAUAGCUGUCAGGCGUCGUCGCAUAGACGAAAAUCCAGCUGAACUUGCACAACCAAUUGUUCCAGCUGUUCAAGCACCUGUUUUGGCACCAGUUGUUCAAGCACCAGUUGUGCCAGUUAUAAUUCAACAAGGUGCUCGACCUGUUUUGGCAAAUAAUGAACCAGUUGUGCCAGUAAUGGUACAAGCAGUUAAUGAACCAGUUGUGCCAGUUAAUGAAGCAAAUGUUCUGGCAAAUAAUGAACCAGUUGUGCCAGUUAAUGAAGCAAAUGUUCUGGCAAAUAAUGAACCAGUUGUGCCAGUUAAUGAAGCAAAUGUUCUGGCAAAUGAUGAACCAGUUGUGCCAGUAAUGUUACAAGCAGUUAAUGAACCAGUUAUGCCAGCAAUAGUUCAACAAGCUGCAUAAUCUUUUAAUUUAUUGUUUUUUUUGUAUAAUUAUAUGUCAGGUAAAAAUAUUUAAAAAAAA